CGGGGCGCGGGGCGCGGCGCGGAGUCCGCUCGGGCCGGAGGCGGCUGGGCGGCCGGGGCCGGGCCGGAGCGGCGAGGAGCGCGGGGACCAGCCGGAGCCCCCGCCCGGGACAUGGCCCAGGCGGGCCGCGCAGGUGGUCCUCCCCCGGGUGGUGGUGCCCCCUGGCACCUUCGAACUGUCCUCAGUGACUCGGUGGAGAGCUCUGACGAUGAAUUCUUUGAUGCCAGAGAGGAGGUGGCCGAAGGGAAGAAUGCCAUCCUCAUUGGGAUGAGCCAGUGGAAUUCUAAUGACCUGGUGGAGCAGAUGGAGACCAUGGGGAAGCUGGAGGAGCAUCAGGGAGAUGGGAGCACCCCGUGCACGUCCAGCACCCUCCAGGAGAAGCAGCGAGAACUGUACCGGGUUUCCUUGAGAAGACAGAGGUUCCCAGCCCAGGGAAGCAUCGAGAUCCAUGAAGACAAUGAGGAAGGCUGCCCACAGCGCUCCUGCAAGACACAUGUCCUUCUGCUGGUGCUGCAUGGGGGCAACAUCCUGGACACGGGUGUGGGCGACCCAUCCUGCAAGGCAGCCGACAUCCACACCUUCACCUCCGUGCUGGAGAAGGUCACGCGGGCCCACUUCCCAGCAGCUCUGGGCCACAUCCUCGUCAAGUUUGUGCCCUGCCCUGCCGUCUGCUCGGAUGCCUUCUCACUAGUCUCUAACCUGAACCCCUACAGCCACGAUGAGGGCUGCCUCGGCAACAGCCAGGACCAUGUCCCUCUGGCUGCACUGCCCCUGCUGGCCAUCUCGUCUCCACGCUACCAGGAUGCGGUCGCUACUGUCAUCGAGCGGGCCAACCAAGUCUACACAGAGUUCCUCAAGUCCCCUGACGGUAUCGGCUUUAGUGGGCAGGUGUGUCUCAUCGGGGACUGUGUGGGCGGCCUCCUGGCCUUUGAUGCCAUCUGCUACAGCGCGGGGCCCUCAGGGGACAGCCCAGGCAGCAGCAGCCGGAAAGGGAGCAUCAGCAGCACGCAGGACACCGUCGCGGUGGAUGAGGCAUGCAGUCUGGCCAGCAGUAAGCGUCUCAGCAAAAGCAGCGUUGAUGUCUCCAGUGCACCGGAGGAUGAGGAGCCCCCAAGGCCAUUGCCGCGGAAACAGAGCGACUCCUCCACGUAUGACUGUGAGGCCAUCAACCAGCAUCACGUCUUCCUGUCGAGCAUCCACUCCGGUGUGCUGAAGGACGAGGCCGAGCCUCCUGCGGCCGGGGGGUCCCAGCCGCCCGAGGUCAGCCUGGGUCGCUUGGACUUCGACGUGUCCGACUUCUUCCUCUUCGGCUCGCCCCUGGGCCUGGUCCUGGCCAUGCGGAGGACGGUGCUGCCCGGGCUGGACGGCUUCCAGGUGCGUCCUGCCUGCAGCCAGGUCUACAGCUUCUUCCACUGCGCGGACCCCUCGGCCUCGCGGCUCGAGCCCCUGCUGGAACCCAAGUUCCACCUGGUGCCGCCCGUCAGCGUCCCGCGCUACCAGAGGUUCCCGCUGGGCGAUGGACAGUCCCUCCUGCUUGCCGAUGCCCUGCACGCCCACGGCUCCCUGUUCCUGGGGUGCAGCUCACAGGACAGCCCACCGCUUCCCGACGCCCCCGCCUCGUCUCCCCCAGUUCUGAGGCCCCAGCGCCCGGGCCGCAGGGUGAGCCAGGACAGCUCCCAUAGCGAGAGCUCAGGGUCCUCGGACAGCCUGGCCCUGGUGGGCACCUCCCACAUCACAGCCAGGUGGUGGGGUGCCAAGCGCAUCGACUAUGCCCUGUACUGCCCCGACGUCCUCACGGCCUUCCCCACUGUGGCCCUGCCCCACCUCUUCCACGCCAGCUACUGGGAGUCCACAGACGUGGUGGCCUUCAUCCUAAGACAGGUGAUGCGCUACGAGAGUGUGGCCGUCAAGGAGAGCGCGGGCCUGGAUGCUGCAGCGCUGAGCCCUGCCAACCCCCGUGAGAAGUGGCUCCGUAAGAGGACCCAGGUCAAGCUGCGGAAUGUGACUGCGAACCACCGGGCCAAUGACGUGAUAGCGGCCGAGGAUGGCCCCCAGGUCCUGGUGGGGCGCUUCAUGUAUGGGCCCCUCGACAUGGUGGCUCUGACUGGAGAGAAGGUGGACAUCCUGGUGAUGGCGGAACCGUCCUCGGGCCGCUGGGUACACCUGGACACGGAGAUCACCAACAGCAGCGGCCGGAUCACGUACAGUGUGCCGCGGCCCCGGCGCCUGGGUGUUGGCGUCUACCCGGUGAAGAUGGUGGUCAGGGGUGACCAGACCUUUGCAAUGAGCUCCCUCACGGUGCUGCCCAGAGGCAUGGAGUGUGUGGUGUUCAGCAUUGACGGGUCUUUUGCUGCCAGCGUGUCUAUCAUGGGAAGUGACCCCAAGGUCCGGCCAGGGGCGGUAGAUGUGGUACGGCACUGGCAGGACCUGGGCUACCUGAUCCUGUACAUCACGGGGCGGCCAGACAUGCAGAAGCAGCGGGUGAUGUCGUGGCUGUCGCAGCACAACUUCCCACAGGGCAUGAUCUUCUUCUCGGACGGGCUGGUGCACGACCCGCUGCGGCAGAAGGCCAUCUUCCUGCGGAACCUGGUGCAGGAGUGCUUCAUCAAAAUCAGCGCGGCUUACGGCUCCACGAAGGACAUCUCUGUGUACAGCGUGCUGGGGCUGCCGCCCUCCCAGAUCUUCAUCGUGGGCCGGCCCUCCAAGAAGUACCAAACCCAGUGCCAGUUCCUGAGCGAGGGCUAUGCCGCGCACCUGGCGGUGCUGGAGGCCGGCCACCGCGCACGCCCCAAGAAGAACAACCCGCGCAUGGUCCUGCGCAAGGGCAGCUUCGGCCUCCAUGCUCAGCCAGAGUUCCUGCGGAAGCGCAACCACCUGCGCAGGACCAUGUCCGUGCAGCAGCCAGACCCGCCCGCCAACCCCAAGCCCGAGCGGGCGCAGAGCCAGCCGGAGUCUGACAAGGACCACGAGCGGCCCCUGGGUGCGCUCAGCUGGGCACGCGGGCCCCCCAAGUUCCAGUCGGUGCCCUGAAGGCAGGGCUGCGCGUGGAGCAGGGGGGUGCCCUACCAGCUGCCUGCGGGCCGGGAGGGGCAGCUGUUCCCUGAGACAGGCCUUUUCCUGCUUUUUCCCUCCCGUGUCUGUCCAGAAGUGUCCACCCGAGGCGGGGAGCAACCCUGCCGCGUGUGGGGCGCGGGGCUCCCCCGGCUGAGGGGUAGGGGCGGGACCCCAGGGUCUGUGCACAGCCGCGGCUGCCUCCCUGUGCGGCGCCCGUGGCCACAAGCCCCUGUCAGGACCGGUGUGUGUGUGACCCUGGGGGCUGGGCUGCCCGUGGCAGAAGGGCUUGACCAAGUCGACCAUCCUGCAGGUCCCGAGGCUUCGGAGGCGCCAGGUGGGCCCUGGAGGGAAAAGCCCCCAGACCAGGGGCCAUCGGCUGCUGGCAGGUGCAGCCUCCUGGUGGGCUGAGGGAAGGACGAGGGGUGCUCCUCAUCCUGGACCCCAAUUUCCCGUGGCCGAGGGGCCACUUUGUGGGCAUGAGAGGAUAUCCCCAGGGUCCUCCUGCAUUUGCGGUGUCCAUCCAAGGCUGGGGGGGUGGGGUCUGGUGCUGAGGGUCUGUCCUCCUGCAGCUGUCCAUUGCCCCCAUGUCAUCCUUGGUGUUGUCACCAUUUUUCCGCAGCGGCCUGUGAGGAUGAGGACAGUGGUUCCUCUUCCUAGGGCCGGGGAUGGGGGUGGUCCCUGCCUGGCAUCUUCCCCGUGAAGCUGCAGCCCUGGGGUCCGGCCCAGCUGGGAGCCCACCCUGGCCCUCCCUGGGCCCUGCCUCCUGUUCAGAACUGGACAGGUCCCCCCACUGAGGCUGGUAUGGGUUUGUGACUCCAGGCGACCUUGCAGCUGAGUUCCCCGAGUGUUUGCGGCCUCGGAGGCCCUCAGUCAGUGCACAACCUUGCACGCAGCCUGCAAGAGGGGCCCUGGGGACUCAGGGGGAGGGAGGCGGACAGCCCGUGUACUUGCACUGAUGCCCCCACCACAUGUCCCCGGAAAGGGGACAGGGCCCCAGAGGGCUGCGACCAGGCUCAGCCUCCCCAGCUCUGCUCACACUGGCAUCCCCCUGUUGGUUCCUGGGGCCACAGAGAUGCCAGCACGCUGGGGCCUUCAUGUGAUUUUGGCUCAAACUGUUGUACUCCCUUCCAUCCCGCUGCCCCUCGGCUUGGUGUGGUGCCCUACACUCGCCCUGGCGAGGCCCCUGUGUUGGCAGGGCCUGGCUCCCGGGGUUGCAGGGGGGCUCAGAGCCUGCCCAUGCUGUCCUGCUGCAGAGGCCCUGUGUGCCCAGCAGCCCCUGCUCUGGGCCCCUCGGGCCAUCCCCGAGCGGGCGCAGCGCCUCCUCCUCCAGGCCUAUGUCUGUCGUCCGUCCGGUGGGGCUGCCCCAGAGCCCAGACACCCGUCCGCAACCACAGCCGGCAUCCCUGUGGGCCCCGUGUCGCUUCCGCCCAGUGUCUACCUCUUGCAGCUCCCGAGUGGCCUGUGUGCUCCCCAACGGCGGCGGCUGCUGGUGGGAGCAGCCGGAACACCCUGUGAAUUGCCUGGCAGGUGGGCGCCCUGCGGGCCGAAAGGGUCCAGCUCCCACCACCGCCCCACUACCACACCACACGUCUUCUCUAGGCCGUCGCCGCCUGAGCCUGAGCAGCUUCAUCUGUGGCCCUGCGCCUGGCAGCUGGGUGCGUGGCUGUCCCUUCCACAGCCACCCCGGGGGCUCUCGAGGCGCCCGCUCCCUGGGUGCAGCCACUUCUACCCUCACCCUUCCCACCUGUUCCCACGUCCGCCCUGGGUGGAGUGUGGGCGGUCCUUGCCCUGAUCCUGACGCUGCACCCCGUCCCUGGGUGAAGCUGCCGAUGUUGGCCUGGGUGGUAAAGUCCUCAGGAGAUGUUGCUUCUUCCUGAGUUAGGCUUCCUCUGCCCCGCGACCCCAGGCUGGGAGGGAGGACGGAGAAUGCCAGGCCCCCCAGGGAGGCUGCAGCCCACGAGCCGGUUCCGUCUGUCUGGGUCCCAUGGCCUGCGGUCUAGCGCUGGGGUGGCUGCCCCUGUCCUUCCUGGAGUUCCCUGCUUGCAGGACUCACGCCUGCCUGGCUGCUGGAGGGACGUGGUACCCAGGGGCCACCAGCAACCCCAUGGGGGUGCCAGCAUGGCUGCUCCCACGGCAACUCCGCGACCCAUGCGCACUCCCUGCACCAGUGGUUUGUUCACUUUCAUCGUCUACUUCCGUAGGAGAGAAACAAAGGGGGGGGGGGGUGCUGCUGCUGUUCCCUGCCCUGCCCCGUGACCCGGUGUGGCCAUGUCCUGUUCCCGUCUGCUGGCUCCCGGGCCCUGGAACCCGUCUUCCUGCCUGACCAAAGCUCCUUGUUCCCACGUGGCAUGUUUGUUCUUCCCUGGGGCGGGGGGGCGGGGGGCUGUUCCUGUGGGAGGGUCUGCCUGCUGCCUCCUCUGCACGCACCCCGGAGUGGGGGUGGUCAGGGUGCCUCCUCUGAGGAUUUGCACUCCCUUCGGCUCCACAAAACACAUUUAGGAAAGUAGACUCUCUCCGUGUGUGGGGAUGCCUGGGCGCGGGGCAGCUCCAGA